CAAAUUGAAAUCGUGUUAUGUGACUCGUGGUUGACGAUCUUCGAUAAAAUUUACAGAAAAAAUGUUUCUUAAAAGUACACUCGUCCUCACGAAAGCAUAUCCCAGCGCCGUGAGCACCGCAUUCCGGAGUCUGUACUCGGCGGCCACCCUCGGAGUGGAUGGGUAUGCGGCGUACCGGGAAAAGACACGCACCCAGCACCUGCACAAUGUGGACAAUUUUAAGCGCAAGAUGCGUGAGUUCGUGUCCGGAUCGACGACCAACAUGAUCUUCACGGAGGAUCUGAAAAACAUCAUCCAUCUGCUGGACAACACGGCCGAAGAUAAGCAGCUGCUCAAAGACACGAUCGCCCGGUACAACAGGCAGGGCAAAGAGCUGCGCUUCGGGAACUACGUGUUCGGGCCGGUCAUCAUGCGUGCCUGUUACCAUUUGGGCGAUCACGAGCUGGCACUCGAUCUGUUCCAGGAUGCCGGUAAUGAGGGCUUUUUCGAUCAGCUCUCCAGCUACCAGAUACUGAGCGAUUUGCUGUACGAGCAUGGCCGUUACCGGGAGGUACGGGAGCUGUUUGAUUCCAUCAAAAGUCGUCAGGUUCAGGGUGGCCGCUUCCCGAAGCACUGCAUCACACUUACGUUCGCCGCGUGCUACAAGGAGAACACCCCGGAAGCCUUCCAGUACGCGAUGGAUCUGUGGAAGGAGGUGAAUUCCGUGGGACAUGUGCCCAUGCGUAAGGCGACAGCAUUUGCAGCGGCCAGCGCACUCAACAAUGGCAAACCGGAGAUUGCACUGGAGAUACUGAGCACGGUAACCAAGGGCAACUACGUGACCAUUCGGCAGCUCAAAACGAUGUGCCUCUGUACCCUCGGUCGGCUCGAUGAUCUCGUCCCAAUCUUCCGUGGUGUGUUGGAAGUGAAGGGAAACUUUGAGAAGAAGCAAACCUUCAGCCGAGAGGUGAUCCAGCGGGUACAGGAAGCGCUAAAGCAGGCACCGGAGAGCACGGCCAGCGCGACGACCGUGAAGCAGGACCUAGAACGCAUGAUCGAGUUCCUCGAAACAAACGGACAGAUUACUGAUGAAACACUCGAACAGUUGCUGUGCUCGGAGAUCGUCUCGACGGGACAGCAGCAGCAGCGUAACGAUGGGAAGAGCAAUCUGUCCGAAAGUUACAAUACGCGUGGUGGUCGUCAGCAGCAGCGACCGUUUCGGUCCAACAAGGGCAAUCCGAGCAUACGACCCGGAUUAAGCGAUAUGAACUAAGUGGCCGCUAGAUUACUCGGAAUAAAGCAAAGAUAUAGAGAGAGUCCGCUUCUUA